AUGCGUGACCAUUAUCGACGAGCUGAAGAGCAAGUGCAAACUGAUUCGGGGCGCCGCCAGCGCGCCCGCUGCAGCAGGCUGUUCGCCCCCCUCCGCUCUGAGGGCGUCGAGCGCGUCGCCCACUUCAAGGGCGGCUUCAACGGCUUCGCCUUCCGCCUGCCGCAGCCCAUGCUCGGCCUGCCCCAGGCGUCCGCCUCCCUCCUCGGCUUCCUCCGCGCGCUGCCCCAGAUCCGCCACAUCGAGCCCGACCAAGUUUUCCACGCAAACCUGAUCAUGUCGGAGUCCAAGGGCGGGAAAUGGGAGGUCCCCAUGCCGCUGUUCCGGAUGCGGGCCGCCGCGUGGAGCACGCGCUACGUCGACGCGGCGCUCGUUCAGCCAAAUUGCACGGCGCAGAACGCGUGUGCGGGCGUGGUGGUGGCGGUGCUGGACACAGGUGUGGACGGGACGCACCCGGAUCUGCAGGGCAACAUUGUGGGCGGGGAGUCCUUCACGGGGGGCAACGCCUUGGUGGACGAGAACGGGCACGGCACACACGUGGCCGGCACGAUCAGUGCCAACAACAACGGGGUGGGGACCAUGGGGCUGACGCCAGGGCAGAAGAUCUACGCUCUGCAGGUGGGGCGGGCGCGGGUGGCUGAACAGGAGCACGGCGCGAUGGGCACUUGGCGGGAUGCAUGGUGGUGGGGCAACAAGGGUGAGAGCAUGUACAACACGUCCCCCCCCGACUGCGCCAACGCCCUGGCCGUGACCUCCAUGACAGACUACGACGGAAAGCCGGGCGGUGCGUCGACGCCGCCGGACAUGGUCAACGCCGACGACACAUACACCGACUUUUCGAACUUUGCGCAGGCCUACUCUGCCAACCGCGUCGUGGCAGCGCCAGGCCGCCUCGUCCUCAGCACGUGGUCCCAGCGCGCCUGCGGCCGCUACAGCAUCCAGUGCGUCCCCUGGGGCCCCUACGCCUACAUGAGCGGCACCUCCAUGGCCGCCCCAAUGGUGUCGGCCCUCACCGCGCGCUGCUACGCCAAGGGCGCGUGCUCCUCCGAAAACGGCACCGAGAUGGCACGGAUUGUGGCCAACGCCGCCAACUACGCGAGGGGCAACCGUGGGUACGGGUUUGUGGGGGACCCCUACCGGCCGGUGAGGGGGCGGUUCUUCGGGCACCUGGUGUGGGGCAACAUGUGGUGA